CCGACCAAUGAAGGGUUAAACCCCAAUGCAGUACGAAGAAUGUUCGAACAGGACUUUUCUGAAAGGAACGGAGAAGGGAAAUCCUUAUCACAAGAAGAUAGAAGAUUCUUAGAAAAAACAAAGGGAGCGAUUCACAUCACAGACGAUGGCCACUACGAAUUGCCACUUCCCUUUCGAGAAAAAAACAUUGGGUUACCAUUUAACCGAAGCCUUGCGGAAUCACGUCUGGGUCGACUGAAAACACGAUUCACCAAGGAUGCUAAAUACAAGGUUGAUGACGUUGUCGUGAUUAAAGAUAAUGAUACACCUCGGAAUCGUCGCUCGUGUGGUAAAGGCCGACGAAGAAGAAGACGGUUUAGUCCGUAA